AGAUUCUACACUCUGCUUUCUAGUGUCUUCUUCCCCACUGCUCCCACUGGCCUCUUCCAGAAUCUUCCUUAUCUCCUCCUCUACACCCUUCGAUCACCCUUCAUUCCACGUGUAACUCAUCCAACCCAUCUUCCUCCUCACUUCCUCCCUUUAUAUCUCCAUUCGUCGGACUCUUAUUUAAACGUCCUCCCAACCACCGCUUUCCACCACCGCCACAAAACACCCAAUCACCGCUCUUUCUCUUUCUACUCUCUGUCUUCCUGCAGCAUUUCGAUUCUCCAAGAUGGCGCCGGAACUCGUCCACACUGCAGGAGCUCCGGUGAAGCCUCCCGGUGGACGGCACCUACCAAGGCGAGCGUACGUGACGUUCUUGGCCGGCGACGGCGACUAUGUGAAGGGCGUCGUUGGACUGGCCAAGGGCCUCCGGAAGGUGAAAUCGGCGUACCCCUUGGUGGUGGCCGUGUUGCCGGACGUCCCUGAGGAGCACAGGCGGAUUCUGGAGUCUCAGGGAUGUAUUGUUAAGGAGAUUGAACCGGUUUACCCGCCUGAGAACCAGACCCGGUUCGCUAUGGCUUAUUAUGUUAUCAAUUAUUCUAAGCUUCGUAUUUGGGAGUUCGUGGAAUACGAUAAAAUGGUGUAUUUAGAUGGAGACAUUCAAGUUUACGACAACAUAGACGAACUAUUCGAAUUGCCAAAUGGGUAUUUCUACGCCGUUAUGGAUUGCUUUUGUGAAAAGACAUGGAGCCACACUCCUCAGUAUCGCAUUGGUUACUGUCAGCAAUGCCCCGACAAGGUUCAGUGGCCCGACGAUGAUCUCGGUCUCCCCCCUCCCCCGCUCUACUUCAAUGCUGGCAUGUUUGUUUUCGAGCCGAAUGUUGAUACCUAUCAUGAUCUAUUGAACACUCUUGAAGUCACCUCUCCCACUCCCUUUGCCGAGCAGGACUUUUUGAAUAUGUACUUUAGGGAUGUGUACAAGCCUAUUCCCUUGGAGUUCAACUUGGUAUUAGCUAUGCUUUGGCGUCACCCGGAGAAUGUCGAUCUUGAUCGCGUCAAAGUUGUUCAUUAUUGUGCUGCGGGAUCAAAGCCAUGGAGGUAUACGGGGAAAGAAGAGAACAUGCAAAGAGAAGACAUAAAGAUGCUUGUGAAAAAAUGGUGGGAUAUCUACGAUGAUCCUUCUUUGGACUACAUGCCGCCUCCACCUGUCUCCACGGCGGAGGACGUGCACCGCUUCAUCGCUGCUCUCUCCGAAGCUGGACCUGUUCACUUCGUCACCGCACCCUCUGCUGCUUGACGGUGGCCGAUCGAGCAGCCUAACUCUCUUGUUGUUUUGACAAAAGAGGGUGAAAGAGGGACAUAGCUUGGAGAAGUAUAUAACAAGGACUAUGAUAUGAUCAUGAUCAUAAUAAUACUUUAGUUCUUUUCAUUUAUUUCUUUUUUGUUUUAAAUUGGCUUUGUUAUCUUCUUUCUUCUUUCCUUUGGAAUAUGUAUGUAUAUAUGCUUUCCCAAGAGUUUGGAAAUAUUGGGGAGUAAAAAAUUGAUAAUGUUUUCAAUAUAUGGAUACUGAGAUAUAUUACAUUUUGGGAUUUCAUAGUGAUAUUCAUAUAUCAAA